AUGGAAAUAUAUCUCGUGAAGAUAAAGAUGCCCAUUUUAUCAAUCAACCUGUGUAAGCUAUACCAAUUAGUUAAGUCUAUUGCUCAAAUGAAGGGUGAUUUUAUCUUUCGAAGAAAGAAAGACGAUGCGGAUAUCUAUUAUUUGCAGAAUGUUAGAGCAUUAAAUUAUAAGUAUGAAUGCUAUAUAUCAAAAUGUGAAUGAAGGCUAAUAGUUUUAAAACCUCCUGCUCAGAUAGGUUUUAGCACCACCUAA